UCCAACACCAACAACCAUUAAAAUCCACUUCGCAUGAUCCCGCUAUGCCAUAUCCUGAUUUCAAACAAUAUCCCAUACCCGACCAGCAGCAAAUGCAGAAGUACAACGAACAGCAUGACAAAUAUUUGCAACAACAAAAAUAUCUAACACCCAGAGACCCGGUGGCCUACUAUCAGCAGCAGUAUCACCAGCAACAGCCACAACCACAGCAUUUAUACCAACAACAGCAGGCACAGCAGCCACAGCAACAUCAGUCUCAGCCUCCAACUUAUUCAGUUCAACAACCUGCCUAUUCGGCCGCACACAACAAACCAGUUCAACUGGCUGCAGGUUUGUCGGCACAACCUUCCAUACCCAUACAUGAGCUAGGAUCCUCCAACGCUCAAACAGGCCACUCACCAACAGCUGCCACAAUUUCCGCCACCAACCAACAGCAGCAGCAACCACAGCAACAUCCAAUAUCCUAUGGCCAUGGCCAUGCUGCUGGUCCAGUGAAAAUGUAUUCCGUGUAUGAGGAAAACGACAUGACCGAAUUGCACAACAAUGACUAUCAAACGGCCCAGUAUGAGAGCUUGGAAAAGGAGGCCCAGGAGUAUCUGAGAUUUAUGAAUACCAAUGAUUACUUCUUGCCCAAACGGGAUCCCAACUAUAGACAGAUUGAUGAGGAAAACGAUCGGAGGCAACAACAAUACAGCUUGCAGAAGAAACAGCAGCAGCAGAGCUACUCCCCAAUAGCUGCCGGUUCCUCGCAGUAUCCCCAACAAACAUAUCACCCCCAACAACAGUAUUCCGCCCCCAAAACGGAGCCAAGUCAACAAAUCUAUUACGGGCAACAUCACCCAGAUUCCUCAGUGGCUGCCUCCCAUUCAUCCUCUGCCCCUGCCUCCUCCUCCUCUUCAUCCCAGUUCAAGGAACCCAUACAGGUCUCCAAGCUUUUCUAUCAAGAUGAGACCCCCUCAAAUGGAGGCGCUGCUGGGGCCUCAACGGUGGUAAGGACCAGCUAUCAAACGGCCUAUAAUGCCAAUCAUUUUGGUAGUGCCGACAAGGGUAUAGUCAAAAAUUCCGCCACCUCCUCGUCGCCGGUGAGUGUCAACAAUGUCUACAGUCAGGUGCGUCAAUCAGCCCCCGUCAGCGGCAACAGCAAUCGCACCCCUGAACCCAUACGUUUUGAAUUUACCGAACGUGAUGCCAUGGUAGGUGGUAUUGCCUAUACCCAUGCUCCUCAGACCCAUUAUAAAUAUAAGGCAGUGGAUACGCCAGUAACGCCGAGAAUAUCAGGAGUGGUUAACCCACAAGCAACAACAACCACAGCUUUACCUUCCACAUUAAGAUCUUCGGCGUAUUUGGGCGAAAUUAAACCCAUCGUUGAGGUGGAAGAUGAUCCCGAGGAUGAGGAUGAUAUUAUGCAGCAGGCUGGUUCGAACUUAUAUGGACGCCAACCGUUGCCAAACAAAAAUGGCAAUAAAGCCCCGGACACCAAAGGCAACAGCAGCGGCAGUUCCACGACAACGGAAGCUCCACCCAGUGAACAGAAAGACAACGAAGACUAUUGCGAACGGAUUUGUGCCAUUGUCGAAGAUGAGAAUGAAGAAAUUGUCUGCGGCUCCGAUGGCUACAUGUACACCAGUGAGGCCCAAAUGGAAUGCUAUGCCUCGUGUUUGCGAAUUGAUAUUACGAUACAGGGGAAGGGUUCGUGUUCAGCGAGAUAAAUGAAGAUGAGCGCGGCGACGUUUUGUAGAUUUAUUUAUGCAGAUGCCCAACAAAAAAAGAUCAACGCAUCUAUUAAACUCAAAUUAGUGAAUUAAAUAAAUUAAUUUAUUUUAGUUUUUAAUGUUUUAUUUUAGUUUUAGAGAUAAGAUUUUAUAACGAAAAAGAAAUGCAAAAUUUUCGAUUCGAUUAAUUGAUAAAGAAAAAGUAUUUAAGAUUAAAAAUUAAUUUAUUAAAAAAAAAAAAUUUCGUAUUCUUUUAUUUU